AUGGAACAUGUGUCGACGCUCUGUGCAAUUGGCACAGUUGGAAUCGCCGCCACGGGCUUUGCCCUGGGCAGGAACGAGGCGAGCCAACCACAACCUCCACCGCCCGCUCCCAAGCGGCGACGUUCUAUCUUUCGAAACAGUUAUUCUUCUCCUUUGGCCCGUGUCCUAGAUAUGUCGUCGCCCCCGGCUGACGCAUUGACUGCUCGUUCGUCUUCCAAUGCGCAUAGGCCAGCAACUUCCCAUAUUCCUCCUCCCAAGCCAGUGGAUGAUUUCUCAAGGAGCAGUCCAGAUACAGCACAUCCGGUGAAAGAUAUACCACAAGAAGCCCCAAGGACUCGUCCGCGUCGUCGAACUUAUGUGGGGCCCCUCCCUUUGUCUGUUAUGUCUGGUGAUGAUUCUACAAUUGAGCCUCUAGUAGCAUCCCCUACGGGAAGGCCGUCUUCAUCUUGGCUACGGCGCCUUUCCAUAAUAUCUUCAUCUCAAAACGACAGCCCUCUCUCAGGCUCGCGGCCGGACUCGCCAUCUCUCAGUGGGUCCACGAGUCCCUUCUUCUCUUCUCCUUUUCGCAUGGAUCAAGCACCCAAUAAGUUGGUUAAACGAUCCUCAUCACAGCGUGUCCUAGCAAAUUCCCAUUUGCAGGGGACGGGAUCCGGAUCUCUCGCAGCACCCGCUCCAAUUCUACGGCGACCAGCCACUAGCCACCAAAGACUUGCAAAUAUGAGACAACAGUCGUCCACCGACAGCCGCAUGCAAUUGGAACCUCCAUAUUCCCCCCUUUACCCUCCCAAACAGACGCCGUCAGAAACGUUUGAUUCAACGAAUGGGACUUGGAGACCAUACUUCCGGUCUGAAUAUCCCUAUUCUCCGGAGAUUAGACGGCGUCCGUCCGCAAGACAUAGAGAUCGUUCCCCUCGUCGACUCGUACCCGAACCUGGUGUUGUCCCUACAUUACUUCUUUCAUCCUCCAUAACCCGUGAAACCCCCAAUCACACAUAUAGACACGACCAGACUAGAGCUUGUAUUAACCACAAUGACACAAUUCCAGUUGACUCAGCUACUCAACCUAUACCAAUAGGUGAGCGGAGUCCGCAGCACUCCCUUUCUGUUGGUGAAAGAGAAACAGGAACUUCGCCGGCUUCAUGGAAAUCAUCAGCCCAGGGAAAUCUGGGGCGCCGUCGUGGGUUUUCGUUCCCUAAGGAGUGCUCCAUAGAACCCGAUUCGCUCUCGGACGAUCUAGCCGCUAAACUUGAGGGGUUAGGUGUAAACUCAAUGCGGCUUCGGAAAAGGAGACCAGUCACUGAUGUAGAUCUAUUCAGGCGUCGAUCGUCUUCUUCGCCAAUAGAAUUUACUCUCAACCAGCUUAACCCUAUAGUCUCAGAAAACAACUCCCCCAAAUCUCGCCUCCGCCGGCGCCCGCAAUUUGCAGAACUCCGUGGCGAAUUUCCCCUUGGACAGAUCUGGGGAGCAGUCGCUUAA